AUGCAUCCACCCGGCUUCAAUCCGCCGCCGGGCCUGGGAAAUCGCAUGCCCGACCCAAACAUCUUUGGUCCUCCUGGUAUUGCCGGGUUCGGUAGACCUCCCCCACCUCUUGGUAUGAUGGCCGGCCCGCCAGGUCUUAAUGGGCCAGCUGGGCGUGGCUACAUGCCUGGUCCACCUCCUGGCUUCUCACAGCCCAUGGGCGACCACAUGCAAAACAUGGCACCAGGGCCCGGAUCACACUCGAGACAGCCUUCCGGCAGCUUCGACCCAGCUUCGCCGCCAGUUCCAACGCAGCCUAUCGGCAGGCCAGCGCCAAUUGGACGACCAGGUAGUGUGGUACAGGGACAUCGAAAUGAUCCAUCAGACGACUUCACAAACCAACAGCAUCUUGGUAGCAGCGUCCUGUUAGAUGAUGCGUCGGACCCGAUGAGCGCAGCAAUCAACGCGGCUAGGCACCGUAACCAGGUGCAGCGAUCAGCAUUUCCACUCUCAUUCGACAAUGGAUUCACUGGCAUCAACAAUAACUUAUGGGGACCCCCACCACCAAUGUCAUACGGUGUAGCCCCUGGAGUGGGAAACUCGACCUGGGGAAGCCCCAGUAUGAUGCCGCCUUCGCUUGGUCCAAUCCGCACGGCUGGAAAUCCUCGUUCGGUGACGAUUCGACUCAUGCUAUGUCGCGCCUGCAAGGAACUGCAAUCCCGCAGCCCCGAGGGCUCAGAGUCCUUUGUUGAUCUAGCAGCGGUCAAGGCCGAAGUUGAUCAGCUCAGUAGGACCGAGCCCAUCCUUGAAGCAGAUCUGCUGCUUCUCGCCGAAACGGAAGGCAAUCUCACUAAUGGCGGAGGCACCUUUGAGGUCCAACGGGACGCAAACGGUCCAGGGCAGCACUCGAUGCGAUGGGUACCCGAGUUCAACGACAUGACGUAUCCUGGUCAUAGGCCCGUAGGUGCACCUGGCGAGAUCGGAAGCCCCAUUAUCGGCAGCGGCGCACCGGCAUUUCUGGCUAGAGGACACUAG